AUGUUUUUAAACCUAGAACCUGCUGAGAGGAUAAUGGAUACUGGAAAUCAUUCCACAGUGACUGAGUUCAUCCUCGCUGGGCUAACAGAACAGCCAGAACUACAGCUGCCUCUCUUCCUCCUCUUCCUAGGAAUCUAUGUGGUCACGGUGGUGGGGAACCUGGGCAUGAUCACACUGAUCGGGCUCAGCUCUCACCUGCACACGCCCAUGUACUGUUUCCUCAGCAGCUUGUCCUUCAUUGAUUUGUGUCAUUCCACGGUCAUUAUCCCCAAAAUGCUGGCAAACUUUGUGACACAGAAGAACAUCAUUUCCUACCCUGAAUGCAUGACUCAGCUCUAUUUCUUCAUAAUUUUUGCCAUUGCAGAGUGUCACAUGUUGGCUGCAAUGGCAUACGACCGCUAUGUUGCCAUUUGUAACCCCUUGCUUUACAAUGUCAUCAUGUCUUAUCGCAUCUGCUUCUGGCUCACAGUGGGAGUUUAUAUUUUGGGUAUUGUUGGAUCUACAGUCCAUACCAGCUUUAUGUUGAGACUCUUUUUCUGCAAGACCAAUGUAAUUAACCAUUAUUUCUGUGAUCUCUUUCCACUGUUGGAGCUAUCCUGUUCCAGCAUCUACAUCAGUGAAUUACUGGUUCUAGUCUUGAGUGCAUUUAACAUUCUGACUCCUGCCUUAACUAUCCUUGCCGCCUAUAUCUUCAUCCUCUCCAGCAUCCUCCAAAUCCACUCCAUUGAGGGCAGGUCCAAAGCUUUCAGCACAUGCAGUUCCCACAUCUCAGCUGUUGCUAUUUUCUUUGGAUCUGCAGCAUUCAUGUACCUGCAGCCAUCAUCUGUGAGCUCCAUGGAUCAAGGGAAAGUUUCCUCUGUGUUUUAUUCCAUCAUUGUGCCCCUGCUGAACCCUCUGAUCUACAGUCUGCGGAAUAAGGAUGUCAAAUUUGCCCUGAAAAAAAUUCUGAACAGUACAAAAUGUUCAUGA